CGCAUGUCCGCCAGGCCUGCCGUACGGACCGGUCAACUAUACUGGCGGCGGGCGGCGGCUCGCCCAGCACCAGUCGCUGAGAGGGACGAUGGAGGCGAGCAGCAGCCGGAGCGGAACUCUACCCUCGAAGCGGCGCAGCACCGGCGGCGGCGGGCACCAGCCCUCGGCGCAGUCGCUGAACGACGACGCCCUCCGCUGCAUCUUCUCCCGCCUGACCGACCACUUCGACCUCGCUCGCUGCUCCGCCGUCUGCAACUCAUGGCAUACGAUUAUCGACACAGCCCAUCUGAUGAGGGAUCUAUACUACAAGAGGAAUCCGCAGGCAAGAAUCCCAGGUUCUGCUAUUUCGAUGAAAAGUUAUUUUGAGGCGCUCGCCAUGAAUGAGCACGCAUCAGCUCUUGCUAGAGGACCUGCUGAAGUUCAUCAGUGGACUGGUCACGCCAUGCGGGCCACCUUGUGUCGUAUGAAGAGUGGUUCAGUCUUAACUGGAAUGGGAGAUAAGGUUCUUCGACUUUGGUCUGCUGAAAGUUGCAAAUACAUGAACGAGUACAAUGUUCCAAACUCUAGAAAGUUGGUUGACUUUGAUUUUGAUGAAAAUAAGGUUGUAGGGUUAACAAGCUCCCAGGUUUUCAUUUGGAGACGCAGUGGACCAAAAAGUAUAUUUCAAUCUUGUGGAGACUCAUUCAAUCAUGGGUUAUGCAUGAGUUAUGCCGAUCCGGAGGUUGUAAUCGGCUGUGAUGAUGGUAGAGCCUUUGUAUAUGAUAUGUACAGCAGGAGUUACUCAAAUAUUUACCGGCUUCACCCUUCCCCUGUGACCUGCUUGGCGCUAACAGAUGACCAACUGAUUGUUGGUGGUUCUACAUUUGGAAAUGUAGCUAUUGCAGAUCAAACCUCAGGACAGAAGUUAGGUCUUUUAAAGUCAGCUUUUGCACCAACAGUGAUAAGAUGCUUGUCUUUCAGCGCAAAUUCACACUUAAUAUUUGCGGGCUCAUCUUCUGGUUAUGCACAUUGCUGGGACUUAAGGACCCUGAGGCCUCUUUGGGAAACAAGAGUUAGCCCGAAUGUCAUCUACAGCGCACAUCAUUUUACGGGUGACACUUCGACGCUGGCAGUCGGUGGUAUUGAUGGUGUCCUUCGCCUGAUAUGCCAGAGAACUGGUGAAACUAUUCGAAGCUUCAUCAUGGAUGCAGACCACCAACCCGAAUCCAGCUCCAGGAUGCAGCUUGAAAAGAAGAGCAGCCGUCCAGUGGAAUCCGGCCCCAGGCAGCAAGUUGAAAAGAAGAGGGUUCGUGAGAUUGCUCCGGAUGCCCGGCUGGACAACAUUCCUAUGAACCUACGCCCCCCAAUCACUGGCCUCUCGGUAGGCAUGAAGAAAAUCGUGACUACGCAUGGCGAGAACUAUAUCCGAGUGUGGAAGUUCCGCUCAUAGGUUGCUAGAAUGUUCAUCCAAGCGAGGUUAACUCGGGCUGUUUGUGUAGUAGUAGAUGGUGUGUUAUAUCUGUCCUGUAAUACUAUAAGCCUGUAACAGUAUCCUCAAGAUGUAGGUUUGAUUAUGACAUCCUGUUCCUCCAAGGUACCUGAAUCAUCAAGAUGAUGUACGAAGACUUAAUAUUGUAUUGUCGUGAGUUGAAAAAUGUUGAUACUCUAAUUUUUAGGAAAA